AUGGGUUCUCUUAGAGGAAACGUUGAAGAGCCUAUCCAUCAGUCACUACCUAGACAAAACUCUCUCUACAGCUUAAAGCUGCAUGAGGUUCAAAAUCACUUGGGAAGUUCCUCAAAACCAUUGGGAAGCAUGAACCUUGAUGAGCUUCUCAAGAGUGUCUGGUCUGCUCCAGAAGGAACAGAUGAAGGGGUUACUCGUCAAGGAAGCUUGACUUUGCCUCAAGGCCUCAGCAAAAAGACAGUUGAGGAGGUUUGGAGAGACAUUCAACAUGACAAGAAUGGAAGCAGUGCUAAUCCUCAUGGUGAGCAGCUGGAUAAUAACAAUAAGCAGCCUACACUCGGUGAAAUCACACUCGAGGAUUUGUUGAUGAAAGCUGGUGUAGUGACUGAGACAAUGACAGUUCCUCUAAAUGUUGUCAACGUAGCUUCAAAUGGUCAAUGGGCUCAGUAUCAUCAGCCUCAGCAACAACAUCAAGGGUUUAUGCCAUAUCCGGUUUGUGACAUGCAAGAAAUGGUGUCUCCAAUGAUGGGUGGAUUAUCUGAUACACAACAAGUGCAUGGGAGGAAAAGAGUGGCUUCAUCAGCAGGAGAGUUUGUGGAGAGGAUUGUAGAGAGGAAGCAGAAGAGGAUGAUCAAGAACAGAGAAUCUGCAUCACGUUCACGAGCUAGGAAACAGGCUUAUACUCAGGAAUUGGAAAUCAAGGUUUCAAGCUUAGAAGAAGAAAACCAAAAACUUCGGAGGCUAAUGGAGGUGGAGAAGAUCCUGCCAAGUGAACCACCACCGGAACCUAAGUGGAAGCUCAGGAGAACAAGCUCUGCUUCUUUCUGA